GUGGCAUUGGCAGGGUCGUCAAUGGUGCUUUUAUGGUAUUGAAAGGUCAUCGGUCAAUUGUAAACCAAGUCCGGUUUAAUCCUCACACUUACAUGAUCUGUUCUUCUGGUGUUGAAAAGAUUAUAAAGAUCUGGAGUCCUUACAAGCAGCCUGACUGCACAGGGGAUCUGGAUGGUAGGAUUGAGGAUGAUUCACGUUGCCUCUACACUCAUGAAGAGUACAUCAGUCUUGUGUUGAACAGUGGUAGCGGUUUGUCCCAUGAUUAUGCCAACCAGUCAGUCCAGGAAGAUCCACGGAUGAUGGCCUUUUUUGACUCCCUGGUGCGCCGGGAGAUUGAGGGCUGGAGUUCUGACUCAGACAGCGACCUCAGUGAGAGCACAAUCCUGCAGCUCCAUGCAGGAGUAAGCGAACGCUCUGCUUACAGCGAGUCAGAGUCCUCUGCCUCUUUGCAUCACUCCCCACCACAUGCGGCUGAAGAGUCUGAUGAAACUGCCUAUAACUUAAGGGCCUUAAGAUCAACUGAAUCCCCCUCAGCCAGAGAAGACAUGGCUUCCCGUCAGCAGAGGCUCUCUGCACUGAGAAAAUAUCAGGAUAAACGUCUCCUGGCCCUUUCCAAUGAGUCUGACUCUGAUGACAAUACCUGCGAGGCAGAACUAGAUACAGACCUUUUCCCACGGCCACGGUCCCCGAGUCCUGAGGAGAACGAAUCCAGCAGUUCCAGCAGCAGCAGCAGUACAGAAGAUGAAGAGGAACUGAACGAACGACGCACAUCUAUGAGGCAACGCAAUGCACUGAGGCGCCGACAGAAGGUGCAAAAGGAGGAAAGGACUAGCACCAACACGGAGAAUGUGACCCCUUACAUAGGUGAGGACAUCUAUGAUUACCCCCAGAUCAAAGUAGAUGAUCUUUCUUCUUCUCCAGCUUCUUCGCCAGAAAGGAGUUCAGCCAACAAAGAAGUUCUCAAAGAAAGGACGUCUCCUUGUUCAGACAGUGAAUCAGUGGAGAGGAAGAUUUACAAAGCUUACAAAUGGCUUCAUUAUUCUUACAUAUCAUAUUCAGCUGGUAAAGAUGGUGAAUCCUCCAAAGGAGAUGGAGAGAAUGAUGAAGGGAAACCAGGAACUAGUGGAAGGCACAGUACGGCACGCUCGCUAAAUAAGGAAGAUGGUAGGAACUUGAGUUCAGUAGUUCCUCAAGGUUCCCCAGCUCUUUCUGCUGACAGCCACAACAGAGAAACUUUAAAAGAAUGUGGCUUGAUAGAAAGUUCUGCUAAUGGUCAAGCUCAUGAAUGUGACAAUCAGCGGCGGAUGGAGGGUCAAGAAAACACAUCUGAAGACACUAGCAGUGGAGGUAUAGAGCAUUCUUUUGAGACUAAAAAGCUCAAUGGAAAAGCUAACUGCAAAGGGCUAAAUAGUUGUACUGAAGAACCUUGCAUUCAGACUGCAGGACUUGUGGAACAAAAAAAUAGUCAGAACUGCCAACCAGCAUCAAGCCAUCACUCACUGGUCCCUCCGUUCUCCACUGUUGCCAUCUGUAGCAUGUCAGGUCACUGCUCCAGAAACCAGACUGAUGACAGUGAGGAGAGGAGCCUCGACACCUCCUGUGUUAACCACAACAACGGCCACUUGCAUCUUCGCCCUUCAUGCCUCAACAACGGACAGAGUUUUGGAGAGCAGGAGACUCUGACGCAAGGACUACAGGUGCACUCAAAUGCUGAUAAUGGUAACCUUGUACAGAUGGGUGUGACCUUGCACAAAGACUGCUGCCUGUCUGAAAUGGACUCCAACAGCUACAGUGUGAGCACAAGAGAGGAUACUGCCGACUUGCAUCCUACGGGCAAUGAGAGCACUCAGUCUCUCGGAGGACUGAAAAGACACAGAGCGGAGUUGGAAGAUGCAGAUUCAGAGAGUUCAUCCUUAGAAAAGAAGUUAAAAACAUGA